UCUCCAAAAUCACUUUUCUUUAUUACUGAAAUCGAGUUUCUUCUUCUCCGACAACAUCUUCAUCCGAACGCAGUUCUUGAAAUCGAACGUGGGGUGAGGAGUUCUUGAAAUAGCCAUGGAUGUGGUGGGUGAAAGCUCUUCGACUCAAAAUGAGGUAGGAGAAAAGCCUGUGAUUGUAAGAGUUAAGCGAAAAGUUGGACAGUCUCUGCUCGAUGCUUUCUGGUUGGAGAUAAAUGAAAAACCACUCAAACGGCCCACUCUGGGUUUAUCAAAGCUAUCUAUUUCAGAUUCGGGUGAGAGAGGUCCUUCUGUGGCAGAGGAUGUGAAACCGAAGAAGGUGCUAGUGCGGCAUUUGGAGACAGUCACGGACUCUGAAACCACCGCUGACAUUAUCCACUCUCUCUUUGAGUCUGAUCUUACUGAGAAAAGUUGCAGCAAAGGAAAGUCUGAGGAGCGGAAAUUUGCUUUCAAGAAAGACAAUAGAAAGGAACAGCGCCUGACCAAAUCUGUACAACAGCAACAGAUUGCUGCAAAGAAUGCUAGAUUUGAGCAAAUAUGGCGGAGUAGGAAGGGAAACAAGGAAGGCAUCCAUGAUAGGUGUCAUUUCUUUGACGUUAUUCGUGUUGAUGCUGAAGAAAGACAAGACAGUGAACAAGAGUUUACAUCCUUGGAGGACCAGAAAAUGCUCGCUAGUUUCUUGCCUCUCCUUAGAGAAUGUAUUCCAACAGCAGCUGAAGAGAUUGAAGCUGAUAUACAAUCUAGUCACAACGAAGAAUACGUUUAUGAUUAUUAUGCUGUGAACGAAGAGAUGGAUAUCAGCGAAGAUAGUACCAAGAAUCAGUUUCCUCUUGUCAUAGUAGAGGAUGAAGAAGAAUUCUGUGAUGGAUCUGAUGAAUCAGACUUUGACUCUGAAGAUUCAAACGCUGAAGAUCAUCCAAAGACCGAUUACCCAGAAGAGAUCUCCGAAGAUGACGAGGAAGAAGAAGAAGAAGAAGAUGAUGAUGAUGAUGAUGAAACAGAAAAAGAAAAGAGUGAAGCCUCUGAUGAUUCAGACGACGAGGAGACUUCACAAAGACAUGUGAGAAGGGUCCUUGGAGAUGACGAGUUUGAUGAUUACGAAGAGGAUGUGAAUGAUUAUAGGGAGAGCGACGAGGAGUUUGAAUCUUACUAAAUGGUCUUACCGGUGAAUCUUGUGUAGCAAAUGAAGAUUAUGUUUGAGAGACAGUGAAGACCAUUAAUGUAAAGGCUGUGAAUCAAAAUUACCGAUAAACAAAACUAACCAAAGAUUGGUACAUCGCUUGUAUGUCCUUUAUCAAUAGUAUCAGAAAAGAAAACAUUUGAGAGAGAUGAA